AGCACAUUCUUUCGUCUGCAAUACUCUCGGUCCUGCUCCUGCCCGCAGCGCCCCCGGGCUGCCUCCAGUACUACCAGGAGACGACGGGCAGCGUCGUCAGCUUCAACUACGGCGUCACGGCGGCCACGACCAUGGGGGCGACUCCCAUCGGCACCCGCGAGAUCGCCAACCUGGACUACACGGCGUGCGUGCGGCCCGCGGCCGGAUACUGCUCCAUCGAGUGGAGCCAGCCCACGGACGACCCGUACUCCUUCACCGUGUCCGGGGACACGUCCGUCGUCGACCCCACCCUCCUCGGGACCCCGACGGCGGCCGUGUCCGGCGUGACACCCGCGACCGCCACGGCGGCGGCCACCCUGGCCUGCGACGGCGACUACGUCAUCAUUCCCUCCCCCAUCCAGAACAUGAUUUACACCGUGGGCGACCGCUUUUGUGGCAACGGUUUCGUCACAACCACGAGCGUCAGCAAACCGUUCUACCUCGGCGUCCACACCAACAACACCGAGGCCGGGUUCCCGGCCGCCGGCAUUCUACCGGACAUCGCCAACCGGGGCUUCCACCUCAACUACCGACAGCUGCCUUGUCCGAUAUUCUAGCCAACGGCACCCCCACCUUCCCCCCUCCGCAAAAAAAUGUGUACACCCGACAAUAAAUUAUUUAUUUAUUCUUUUA